UUCAAGCAAGUAAAAGCUUUCGAGUAAAAACAUUGUUACAUUGUGAAUCAAUUUAGGAAAUCUUAAUUCGAACCUUAUUCUAAUUAUGUUUAAUCUAUAAUUUUGCAUGAGUAAUUACUAGUGCACGGAAAAAUCUGAGUAAUUCGGUAAUUCAUCAUUGUCUAAAGGAUCCUCACUAUAUCAUGGGCGCAUCAUUUUUCUGUAUUGUGUUUUUCACUGCUAUUUGGAUCGGUGUAGGCUGGUUUGCUCCUAGAUUCAUUCCUCCAACGGUUGACAAACCAAUAAUUCACAUGUUGUUAUUAAUGACUGCUGUUUGUUGCUAUUCAAUGUGGUUAUUUACUUACAUGGCCCAAAUGAACCCCUUAAUUGGUCCACAAUUAUCAACUGUAACUCAACAUAUUAUGCAAAGGGAAUGGUCAUGAUCUCCAACCUUACUUAACAUGUUUGCUUUUCUCUGUUUUAAUGUCUGUUUAUAUUUUGGGUUUUCUGGUUCAUUCCAUUGCUAUUUAUUUUGAUCAAUCAUUGUUCGUUUCUUCAUCUUAAUUAUUUCACCCUAAAAAAUAAAUUUUAGAUUGUAUAAAGUUCCAAGAAUCAUUAUCUAUUAACAUUGUUCAUCCUGAAUAUUCGUUAAUUUAUCGGUACAUCAAUCGCCUGCUCAUCAAGAGACUCUACCAAUUGUGAAACAAUGUGUAACAAUUGAUUUGUUUUUAUCUAUGGAUUGAAAAAAUUAUUAGAGAAUACUAUUUAUUAAAAGUUAUUGUAAUUAUCAUUGAAAUCACAAUUGCACAGAAAUCAUAUUCUGAUCAUUUGAAUAAGAUAAUCAAGAUAUCAAAUGGCCCUAUCCAAGGUAAAUUUGUCAAUUAUCAAGACACAAAAGUAGCUGAAUUUUUGGGUAUACCUUUUGCUAAGCCGCCAGUUGGACCUUUAAGAUUCCAGUUGCCAGUUAAACCAGACGAUUGGACUGAUGUUAAAUCAACAGUUAACUUUGGAUCAGCUUGUGCACAAAGAGGUCAACACAUUAAACCAUCGGAGAGCAAUGAAGAUUGUCUGUAUCUAAAUGUUUAUUCAACGGAAUCGACAUUCAAUUCAUCUUCUACUCGACUUAGACCAGUGCUUUUCUGGAUUCAUGGAGGAGCUUUGACUACGGGAUCUGGAAAUGAAUUUUACGAUGGUGUUCCGAUGGUUCCUCUACACGAUGUCGUCCUUGUUACUCACAACUAUCGUCUCAAUGCUUUUGGUUUCAUGUAUUUUGGUGAUAAAGAACCAAGAAUCCCAGCAAACAUUGGUUUGAGAGAUCAACUUUUAGCUCUUCAAUGGGUUAAAGAAAAUAUCGCUAAAUUCGGUGGUGAUCCUGAUCAAGUGACAAUUUUCGGAGAAUCUGCAGGUUCCAUGUCGGUUUCAGCCCAUAUUUUAUCACCUCUAUCCAAAGGUUUAUUCAAACGAGCAAUUCUCGAGUCAGGAACCAUUUUGAACCCAAAAGAUGAUUUAGAUUUCUUCGUGCGAAAUGCCUUAACUGUACUCAACCGAACCUCAUGUGCCAACACAAAUGACAUUCUUAAAUGUCUUCAAGGACUCCCUGUGUCCGAAAUCAUUGAUAGCCAAUCAGAUGGGAUUCUAAGGUUCAGAUGGACAUUUGGAGAUGAUUUUCUUCCCUACACACCAAUGGAAGUCUUUUCUCAAGGCUUGUUCGAUAACUCGUUUGACCUCUUACUUGGUAAUGAGAAGAACGAGUUCUCCGUCUUCAUGACAGCUCUUGAUUCAAAACAAUUCAACCCACUAACCCCAGCUCCACUAGAUUACCAAAAAGCGCUUAUCUAUCUUUCCCUUAUUUUCCAAAGAGAAUCACUAGAUUUUUACCGCGAACUGUACUUUGGUCCUUAUACCAAUGAUUCAAAUUAUUUAAGAUCUCAAAUUGAAAAGGCUUACAGUGAUUCAACUUUAGUUUGUCCAACUUACAUUUUUGGUUUGAAAUACGCAUUAAAAGCUAAUAAGAGUGGAGGUAAAGUUUAUGGUUAUUAUCACACACAAAAACCAGCUUCAUCCAUUUUCAAGGUUUGUGAUGUUAGUCCUUGGAUGGGUACUUGUCAUGGUGCUGAACUCCCUUAUGUUUUUGGUAAUCCUUUGGUUGCCCCAGGUUAUUCACAAAAAGAUGUUGAUUUGAGUCGUGAAAUUAUGAAAAUAUGGACACAUUUUGCUGAAUUUGGCUAUCCUCCUAAAGUUGGCGGAACCGAAUGGAAACCAUUAACUGAAGAAUUAUCAGCUAUGAUCUUAAACGUUGAUGAUUUAGGCAAACUUGAAAAAUCUAGAAUUGAGUUUUGCCAUCAACAAUGGGAAGGUUUUGUUAGUCGUGGCAGUUUACAAUUGGAAUAUCUUUUGGCCGCUGCUUAAUCGAUGUAUAAAUAAAUUUAAAAAGUUUUAAUUUAAUGAGAAUUCAAUAAAUUCAAUUCACGAAAAUAAAGAGAACAAAAAUUUAAUUU